AGAAAAGAACAUGGCUCCGGCGGCAGACAGCGCCGAGGGCGGCGCGGCGCAUCCGCGCUCCGGGCGCCACUGAUCGCCAUGGUGAACUCGAGCCGCGUGCAGCCGCAGCAGCCCGGGGACGCGAAGCGGCCGCCGGCGUCCCGAGCGCCGGGCCCGGGCCGGCUGAUGGCGGGCGGCCUCCGGGAGCCGCGGGGCCUGGAGAUCGAGAUGGAGCGCAUCCGACAGGCGGCCGCGCGGGACCCCCCGGCCGGAGCCUCGGCCUCCCCGUCCCCUCCGCUCUCGUCCUGCUCCAGGCAGGCGUGGAGCCGCGAUAACCCGGGCUUCGAGGCCGAGGAGGAGGACGACGACGAGGAGGUGGAAGGGGAAGAAGGGGGAAUGGUGGUGGAGAUGGACGUAGAAUGGCGCCCAGGCAGCCGGAGGUCGGCCGCCUCCUCGGCGGUGAGCUCCGCGGGCGCCCGCGGCGGGACUGGGGGGCUACACGGCGCGGGCCACCCGAGCGGGAGGCGGCAUCGGCGAGAGGACCAGGCCCCGCCGUGUCCCAGCCCGGCCGGCGGCGGGGACCCGCUGCAUCGCCACCUCCCGCUGGACGGGCAGCCGCCCCGAGUGGCCUGGGCGGAGAGGCUGGUUCGCGGGCUGCGAGGUCUCUGGGGAACAAGACUCAUGGAGGAAAGCAACACUAAUCGAGAGAAAUACCUUAAAAGUGUUUUACGGGAACUGGUCACAUACCUCCUUUUUCUCAUAGUCUUGUGCAUAUUGACCUAUGGCAUGAUGAGCUCCAAUGUGUACUACUAUACCCGGACCAUGUCACAGCUCUUCCUUGACACCCCUGUAUCCAAAAUGGAGAAAAAUAACUUUAAAACUCUCUCUUCAGUGGAGGACUUCUGGAAGUUCACAGAAGGUGCCUUACUGGAUGGGCUGUACUGGAAGAUGGAGCCUGGCAACCAAACGAGAGCUGACAACCGAAGUUUCAUCUUCUAUGAGAACAUGCUGUUAGGGGUGCCACGAUUACGGCAACUCAAAGUCAGAAACGGGUCCUGUUCCAUCCCCCAGGACUUGAGAGAUGAAAUUAAAGAGUGCUAUGAUGUCUACUCUGUCAGUAGUGAGGACAGGUCCCCAUUUGGACCAGGGAAUGGAACCGCUUGGAUCUACACAAGUGAGAAGGACCUGAAUGGGAGUAGCCACUGUGGAAUCAUAGCAACUUACAGUGGAGCUGGGUAUUACCUAGAUUUGUCAAGAACCAGAGAGGAAACAGCUGCCCAGAUUGCUGGCCUCAAGAGAAAUGUGUGGCUGGACCGAGGAACCAGGGCAACUUUUAUUGACUUUUCAGUGUACAAUGCCAACAUUAACCUGUUCUGUGUGGUCAGGUUAUUGGUGGAAUUCCCAGCAACAGGUGGUGUGGUUCCAUCUUGGCAAUUUCAGCCUGUAAAGCUGAUCCGCUAUGUCACAACUUUUGAUUUCUUCCUGGCAGCCUGUGAAAUUAUCUUUUGUUUCUUUAUCCUUUACUACUUGGUGGAAGAGAUAUUGGAAAUUCGCAUUCACAGACUGUACUAUUUCAGGAGUUUCUGGAAUUGUCUGGAUGUUGUGAUCAUUGUGCUCUCAGUGGUAGCCAUAGGAAUUAACAUAUACCAAACAUCGAAUGUAGAGGAGCUACUCCACUUUCUGGAAGAUGAAAAUACUUUCCCCAACUUUGAGCAUGUGGCAUACUGGCAAUUACAGUUCAACAAUAUAGCUGCUGUCAUAGUAUUUUUAGUCUGGAUUAAGCUCUUCAAAUUCAUCAGUUUUAACAGGACCAUGAGCCAGCUCUCCACAACCAUGUCUCGGUGUGCCAAAGACCUGUUUGGCUUCACCAUUAUGUUCUUCAUUAUCUUCUUAGCCUAUGCUCAGUUGGCAUACCUCAUCUUUGGCACUCAGGUUGAUGACUUCAGUACUUUUCAAGAAUGUAUUGUCACUCAGUUCCGUAUCAUAUUGGGCGAUAUCAACUUUGCAGAGCUUGAGGACGCUAAUCGCGUUUUGGGACCACUAUAUUUCACUACCUUUGUGUUCUUUAUGUUCUUCAUUCUUUUGAAUAUGUUUUUGGCCAUCAUCAAUGAUACUUACUCUGAAGUGAAAUCUGAUUUGGCCCAGCAGAAAGCUGAAAUGGAGCUUUCAGAUCUCAUCAGAAAGGGCUAUCAUAAAGCCUUAGUUAAACUAAAACUGAAAAAAAAUAGUGUGGAUGACAUUUCAGAGUGUCUGCGGCAAGGGGGAGGCAAGUUAAACUUUGAUGAACUUCGGCAAGAUCUCAAAGGGAAAGGCCAUACUGACGCAGAGAUUGAGGCAAUAUUCACAAAGUAUGAUCAAGAUGGAGACCAGGAACUGACUGAACGUGAACAUCAGCAGAUGAGAGAUGACCUGGAAAAAGAGAGGGAGGACCUGGAUUUGGAUCACAGCUCUUUGCCACGCCCCAUGAGCAGCCGAAGUUUCCCCAGAAGCCUGGAUGACUCUGAGGAGGAGGAUGACGAUGACAGUGGACACAGCUCCCGAAGGAGAGGCAGUAUCUCCAGUGGGGUUUCUUAUGAAGAGUUUCAGGUCCUGGUGAGACGUGUGGAUCGCAUGGAGCACUCCAUUGGCAGCAUCGUGUCCAAGAUUGAUGCAGUGAUCGUGAAGCUGGAGAUCAUGGAGCGUGCCAAGCUGAAGAGGCGUGAGGUGUUGGGGAGGCUGCUGGACAGUGUUGCUGAGGAUGACAGACUGGGUCGUGACAGUGAAAUCCACAGGGAACAGAUGGAGCAGCUGGUGCGGGAAGAGUUGGAGCGCUGGGAAUCCGAUGAUGCAGCUUCCCAGAUAGGUCACGGUGUAGGCACGCCAGUGGGGCUCAGCAGUCAGCCUCGUCCCAGAAACUCCCGCCCUUCCUCCUCCCAGUCCACAGAGGGCGUGGAAGGCGGCAGUGGAAAUGGGAGUGCCAAUGUGCACAUGUAGUUUGUGUAUGCGCAUUGGAGGUGAGGAGGUGGCCGUCCUGAGUUGCCGUGGCAAGUACACUAUUUGUAUACCAUGACUGCCGUGUAAUGCUGGUCUUUGUGACUGAUUGUUAAUCGUUUGCACUUUAAUUUAUUUUAUAUUAACGUUACCCAUAGAUCAAA